AUGGCCAGCUACCCGGAGCCCGAGGACCCCGCGGGGACCCUGCUGGCCCCGGAGGGCGGCGGGCGGACGCUCCAAGAGCCCGAGGCGCCACCGCCGCCGCCGCCACCGCCGAGCCCCGGCAAGGGCGCCUCCUCCGGGCCGGCGGCUGCGGAGAAGCCGGACCCGGCGCAGAAGCCCCCGUACUCCUACGUGGCCCUCAUCGCCAUGGCCAUCCGGGAGAGCGCCGAGAAGAGGCUCACCCUGUCCGGCAUCUACCAGUACAUCAUCGCCAAGUUCCCGUUCUACGAGAAGAACAAGAAGGGCUGGCAGAACAGCAUCCGCCACAACCUCAGCCUCAACGAGUGCUUCAUCAAGGUGCCGCGCGAGGGCGGCGGCGAGCGCAAGGGCAACUACUGGACGCUCGACCCGGCCUGCGAGGACAUGUUCGAGAAGGGCAACUACCGGCGCCGGCGACGCAUGAAGAGGCCCUUCCGGCCGCCCGCCGCCCACUUCCAGCCGGGCAAGGGGCUCUUCGGGGCCGGGGCCGCGCCGGGGGGCUGCGGCGUGGCGGGCGCCGCGGGCGCCGACGGCUACGGCUACCUGGCGCCCCCCAAGUACCUGCAGUCGGGCUUCCUCAACAACUCCUGGCCCCUGCCGCAGCCCCCCUCGCCCAUGCCCUACGCCUCCUGCCAGAUGGCGGCCGCCGCCGCCGCCGCAGCCGCCGCCGCAGCAGCCGCCGCCGCCACCGGCCCGGGCAGCCCCGGGGCGGCCGCGGUGGUCAAGGGGCUGGCGGGCCCCGCGGGCUCCUACGGGCCUUACCCCCGCGUGCAGGGCAUGGCGCUGCCCCCGGGCGUGGUGAACUCCUACAACGGCCUGGGGCUCAGCCCCGCCAGCCCGGCCGCCGCCGCGCCCCCGGCCCCCGCGCCCAGCGCCGCGCCCGGCCUGCAGUUCGCCUGCGCCCGGCAGCCCGAGCUCGCCAUGAUGCACUGCUCCUACUGGGACCACGACAGCAAGGCCGGCGCGCUGCACUCGCGCCUGGAUCUCUGA